ACAUGGGGUGUAACGCUAAUCUGUCUUGCGUGUGCCAACUUCUAAUAGGUCUCAUAUUAUAAUAAGCUCAAAUAAGGUCCCUCCCUUCUGACUUUGAAUAUGAAGCAACCACUUUAUUUAUAUUUUUCUUUUAUGUGAAAUACGAAAUAAUAGAGUUUAAGCGGAGGCAGGACCAUGUCGUAGUGUCGCUUUGGUUUCCCAUAGAUGGCACGUCAGAGUCCCACCCCUAAGUCAACUCAGUCGGUGCCUCCGUCACAUUCCUGUAGCUGCGGGUUGUAGUCAUAUGAACAGCGUCAGCGGACCAACAAGAAAGCUGCCUGAACAAUAACACUACAUCAGAGCAAAUGAGUCGCCCAACAGGCCUCCUCUUCACUUGAUAAAGUAACCACUGUGAGUAUCGUCUCUUGUUCACACGCAUGUCCUCAAGUGUGCUGUUGGAAUAUAUUAAAUUAGAUUGCUAGUCAAAUCAUCUUGUUUAAUUCAGUUGUCUGUUUGACUCUGACCUCUUCCUGUACUGUCAGUGCGAAAGUAUUGUAGCAAAAUGACAAUGCUUUUGGCGAAGGAAGUUUCACAACUUACCAGGAAGUUAAUUGCAGAUGUAGCAAAUGCAUGUGCUUGUAACGCAGACAAACGCAUGCAUUUGUGAAAUACAGGUGUUUUUUCCAUGUUGUGUGUUGUCCUUUUUAAUCCUCGUUUGAAUAUAAAUAACGUGACAUUACUGUGGUCAAGUUGGUAAAUGGUAUUUCACCAUGAAGAGGAAAUGAAUAACAAAUAUUUUCCAACGCCAGUGCCACUUGUUUAACUAGAAACACCUGUCACAAAGACCCAGGCUGGAGGAGGUAAACUAUAGAUGUGACCAAAUCUCUGUUUCAACAUAUAACAUAGCUGGAUGCACAGUGGCUGUUAAGUAAUGAUAUGUGACCGUGAUGGAAUAGUCUCUACUUGCGACCACUUUAAUUUCUCUUUUGUAUAAAUGUGCAGAUUUGGCACUCGGCCACACAAAAAACUCCAUGGUGGGGUUUUCCCAUGCUUAACCUGUAUGCAUGGGGACAGAAACGUAAUAUGCAGGCUUUGUUGUAGUCUAAUAAUAAACCUAUGUGUAGGACAUUGUUAAAAAACAUUGUGAGGGAAAAGAUUGAAAGAAAGUUGCAUGUGUUCAUUUCUGUCAUUUAUUUUUGGUUUGCAUGAUCAGGGCUUGAUUUGUGUGCAGUCUUGAACUGACUCAUCCAACACUCAUACUGCCAUCCUCAGAAGGCAGUCUUCCAAACCAGUGCCCCCUGAAUGCAAACCUGCAUAUGUGCCACCACCAUGCCUGGGUUAAACCAGUCAAUAUGUCCAGGCCAGCAGAAUCAUCUCAGCGAACCAACAACUUAGUUUUAUACUGGUCAUCAUCACAACCAGGGCCGGACCCGCCUUGUUUAGCAGCAUUCAUCUUGUAUGAUUGUUGAAAUCGGAGAGUGCCCAUCCUUUCCACACUGGACUACGUUCCCCAUCUCCACACUGGACUACGUUCCCCAUCUCCUCCCGACUUCAUCUUCCAGGCUCCAUCGGAUCAUUAAAGAGGCGGUUGCUAAGAGAUGACGGGCGGUGACAUCGUUGAGAGCCCCUGAUGUUGAGCAGCCUGAAGCUCCGCUCCUGGUUCACGCCACCUAGCUGCCGUGUGACAGAGCUCCGGGGACGAGGGGGGGGGGGGCCCACUCACCUUCAGACCAUGGCCGCCUGUAUCAAAACCAGUGCAGCCGCCAGCAACAGCACCAACACCACUACCGCCACCACUGCCACCACCCACACCGCUGUGGGGGGGACCGCAGAGCCCACCCCGGUGAGCGUGGAAGAACCAGCAUUCAGGAAUGGGGACGCGGCUUCCCCCAGCACCAGCACCAGUACCAUCAUGGAGAAGACCCGGGAGCUGUUCCAGAUGUGUGAUGUGGAGGGAAAGGGCUUCGUCACCCGGCGGGACUUGCAGCGGUUAAACAUGGAGGUGCCCCUCAACGCGGACGAGCUGGAGAAGGUGUUCGACACCCUGGACACUGACGGAAACGGCUACCUCACACUCAACGAGUUUUCUUCUGGCUUCAGUGAGUUCCUGUGUUCCCAGAGGAGCUCAGUGACGGAGGAGGCUAGGAGGCCGAGCAAAGGCAGGUCAGAAGCCAUGUCCCAGAGCCAGUGGGAGACCAAGCUGGUGGCCAGCGAGGAUGAGGAGGAGAAACACUUCUGCAUGCUCAUGGAGUCUCUGGGGGCAAGCAAUGUGUUUGAAGAUCCCAGUGAGGUGCGCAGUCUGUGGGCUCAGCUGAGUCGGGACGAGCCCCACCUCCUCUCUAACUUCGAGGAGUUCCUGGCCCGGGUGACCGUGCAGAUCAAGGACGCCAACCAGGAGAAGAGGGAGAUGGAGAGCGCCAUGAGAAGGAAAGCGGCCACACACGACGACGAGAUCCAGUCCUUGUAUGAGGAGAUGGAGCAGCAGAUUAAAGAUGAAAAGGACCGUAUCCUCCUGCAGGAUUCCGAGCAGUUCCUGACUCGCAGCCAAGACCUGGCGGUCCAGCUGUCCAGCAAGGAGAGCGAGCUGGACCAGCUGUUCCAGAAGCAGAGCAGGUUGGAGCGGCAGUGCACGGAGCUGCACAGCGAGCAGCACGUGACCAAAGAGGAGAACGUGAAGCUGAGGCAGACCAACGAGGAGCUAGUGUCGGAGCUGGACCUCACCAACCAGGAGCUGGCGCUGGCCCAGGAACAGCUGGGCCAACUGCAGGAGCAGUCCUCACGCCUCCAGCAGCAGAAGGAGAUGGAGAUGUACAGGAUCACUGAGGGUCUGCAGAGGGAGCAGGCCAGCCUGAUUAAACAACUGGACCUGCUGAGGGAAAUGAACAAACACCUUCGGGAUGAACGUGACAUGUGCUACCUGACACCAAAGAACUCUGUGCCAAACCAAAAUUGCAGCCAGAUGCCGUUUUUAAAUACUGUGAAUCCUACAACAAAGCGGUUAAGCGAGGAGGUCAGAGGGAUCCCCCGCGCAGCCAAGGACGCCCCCCCAGCCAGCAGGCCCGCGCCCCUGUGGACCCCCAGCCAGGGGGAGGCUGCGGAGGGCCGGACGGGGGGGCGCUCCAGAGGACACCUCCAGAGGAUCAUCUCCAUUGAGGAGGACCCCCUGCCCCAGCUGCUGCAGGCCCCUCCCCCGCUGCAGACCUGGAGCCGGGUGGAGGAGGAGGUGGAGGAGGUGGAGGAGGGCAUGGACUUGGUGAUGAGCGAUAUCCGCUCCCCCGCGCCCCAGGCAGCACGGGACAAAGACGCGCCCACCUCCCCCCGAGGUCAGCCGGUGGGCAAGGAGACCAGCUUUAAGGAGGAAGCGGCAAUUUUGCCCCCUGACCGCCUCUUCAAGAUCAUUCUAGUGGGGAACUCCAGCGUUGGGAAGACCUCCCUCCUGAAGCGCUUUUGUGACGACUGCUUCCACCCCGGCACCUCGGCUACUGUGGGCGUGGACUACAGUGUGAAGACAAUACUGGUGGACAACAGCCAGGUGGCGCUGCAGAUGUGGGACACGGCAGGGCAGGAGAGGUACCGCAGCAUCACCAAGCAGUUCUUCCGCAAGGCCGACGGCGUGGUGGUUAUGUACGACAUCACGUCUGAGCUCACUUUCACCGGCGUGAGGCAGUGGUUGACCAGUGUGCAGGAAGAUGCAGAUGAGGAAAUCCCUGUAAUGAUCCUGGGGAACAAAACAGACAAGGAGAGGGAGAGGCAGGUCCAAACUGCAGCGGGGGAGAGACUAGCUAAGGACGGCCAGUUCAUUUUCUAUGAAUGCAGCGCGUGCUCGGGACACAAUGUGAUGGAAUCCAUGGUGCAUAUGGCGAGGAUACUGAAGGAACAAGAGGACAGAGCCAAGGAGAAGACGGUCCUUCUGGCGCACAGCCCCUCACAGAAGACGCGUGCGUGCUGCUGACCACACACGCAUGCACACGCACACACGGUGAAGUCCGUCUCUGGAUGUAGUAGACUUUGCAUGGACUUUUAGACUGCAAACUCUGUUCUCCCACUCCCUUUACUGUCAGCUCACAGACCCAAUGGUUCAGUCGCACAUUCAAGAGCAUAUUUUAAAGAUAUUUUAUUAAAAAUAUAUAAAUGGUUACGUGUAAACAGUAAAAAAUAGAUUAAAAUUGUAUUUUUGUAGUAGUGUUGUACAUAACCCGAUGUUAUUACUGAUGUUCUAUUGUUGGAUAUGUUGUCAGUGUUAUUUAUCAAAGAUUUUGUGCCAGUCAUUGUAUUGAUUCUAUUGGCCACCACACGUAUUUAUUUAUCAUCAAUGUAUCUUUAGCAGGCCCAAGAUAUGAAUGAUUAGAGGACUGAUGGAAAGACCAAGGAUGUACAAUGGGUUUUACUGUUUGGCAUUGGACUAUUGUCACGCUGCACUUUGAAAUGGUUAAUAGCAGAAAUCAUAGUAACAAUACAAUCACUUUAAUUUCAUAGCACCUUUCAUUACAAUUCACAAAGUGCUUCACAUUAACACAUGGCAAUGACAGUAUAAUGUAAUGAAAGAAUGGUGAUCAUAGGAAAACUGAAUAACAAAUAUGGGCUUAACUGAGUGCCUCAUUAACCUACUGUAGCGUCAUCGUGUUCAUGUGGAAUCAUUGUUUAUUCAUGUUAAUUGUGGAAUUUUGAACGGCUCAUUCAACCAAUUAUCCUAAUGUUUACAUUCCCCAUUACAUUCUUAUAGCCUUCUGACUAUGUGGCCAUCGAGAUUCACCAGCAUUUCGCAUCAUUAGGGGAACUUGUUUUGUCUGCUUAAUGCUUGAAUGGCUCACGAUUCAGACUUGUACUUCUAAUCAGCGCAGGGUGUUCUCGACAUGUUGUGAGGCACAUAACCCUGACAUUUGGUCUAAAUAAAGUGUUGAGCGGGACAAUGGGCAGAUCUGUCCCAGAGGUCUUUAUUGGUGAACUGGAUCGAUGUCUAGGUGAUUUACUGGAGGAGGUAGCGUUCCAAGCACCACCUUGUUAAAGACCUUUCUGAGAGCAGGCGAACAACAUCACCAUCUUUGAAGAUCAAGGAUCAACACUCAUGAGACCCCAUUGGAACAUGUCUCCACACGUAUAAAUUUUUUUUAAGUUAACCAGCCAAAACACUCCAAUCCUGACUCAAUUAUGAAUGCAACUAAUUAGAUAUGUAAGCAAAAUAGACACCCAUUGCUGGCUGUUAAAUCCUCUCAGAAAGGACCCGUUGGAUGCAUUUGAGAACAGUGCAAAAAUUCUGGCCAAACCCUGGGCUGACCUGCAGUAUUGUGCAAUAUAGUGAUACCAGAUAAAUUAUACCAAUAGUUCAAAGGUCCGUCUAUGGGACUGGAAACAAAACGUCUGGAAAAAAAGUCAAGGCAUUUAAAAUAUGUACGCUAUCAGAAUCGAUUGCAGAGUGAGUAGAACACCGUGUUCGGAGUGCUGUCAGAGCAGUGAGCACCCAUCUUAUCAUAAAGCACACAGCACUGAAACAAGGACUCACGGCAGAGACACAUCAACUGUUACAUG